AUGAAUCAAGGGAGUGGAGAUGCAGCUGAGAAGAGGAGUGAACCGCCACCAUCCAAGAUCGAAGCUUUGGAUGGCUCCAACUAUGAGGAAUGGAGCGGGCGGAUGCGGAGCGCCUUCAAGCGCUACAAGCUGCUGAAAAUUGCAAUGGGAGAGGAGAAGAUGCCGGGGGAAGGAGAUGCCCGCGAUCGGUGGAUUGAGAAGAGCGCGGUGCUUUACGACCUCAUCCUCCAAUCGGUCAACAACGACAUGUUCCAGCACAUCAAGGAUUUGGUGGAGUUGGAUGAUUCCGGACCGAAGGCAUGGAAGCUGCUACGUGACGUGAUUCAGCCCAACACGCUGCCGAUGGUAAUUGUGUUGGAGAAGGAGUUGGCUGCCCUCUCCAUGAAACCGGGAGAUGAUGUGAAACCGGUCCUUGACAAGAUCAAGGACACCUAUGCGAGGAUGGCAGCGGCGGGCAGCGAAGUGUCGCAGAUGCAACAGUGCACCAAGAUCAUCUCGGUGCUCGACAACUCGUGGGACAACCUCAUCCCCACCCUCAACGUUCAGCAGGACAAAUGGACGCAUGAGUGGCUACGGCAGCAGAUUCUGCAGGAGGACUUCCGCAGACGCCACACGGGAGGUGGUGCUGCCAACAAAACUGCUGAGGGGUAUGGAGCUGCAGGAGGCAGCAGAGGAAGAGGGGGAGGGAGAGGCCGAGGCCGUGGGAGAGGCUUUGGCAGAGGGAGAGGCCGAGGUGACUACAAUGAGGGGCAUGGGAGCUCUGGUGGCAGGGGGAGCACCCGAAUGGAGGGUGCGUGCUGGUACUGCAAGAAGGCUGGACACCCGUGGUUCAAGUGUUUCAGCCGGCCUGAGGGAUGGGCCCCUCCAGGCAUGAAGCCGCCAAGUGGUGAACGUGCACGCGGUGGCGCUGUGCAAGGUUCAGGUGCACAAGGUGAUGGUGCACAAGGUAAAGCCGACCCUGGGAUGUUCCUCAUGGUUGAGGAUGUGCAAGGGAGUGGGGGUGAUGUGGGUUCAGUUGGGAAGGUUGUGAUGCACCCCCUCACUCACUGGGUGAUCGAUUCAGGUUGCACGAGUCAUAUGACCCCACGGGCAGAUUUGCUUGAUGAGGUAAAACCUCCUGGGAAGAUCAAGUUUGUGGCUGCCGCUUCAGGUGCUUUGCUCCCUGUGAUUGGUGUUGGGAAUGCCAAGGUGAUGGGAGCCAAUGGAGAGCUUGUGGGGCUUGGGAAUGUGCUGUUGGUUGAAGCUUGGGAAGUUGCUGCUGUGGAACUUGGAGGAGAAGAGCAGCUGCAUCAAGGACUUGUGGCAGCUGCCCAUCAUCCCUUGGAAGGGGAAACCACCAGCAACGGCAAAGGCAGCGGCAGCGGCUAA